UGUAUGCAUGAUUUCACCCUUUCAGGUUGACAUCAGCCUUUUGGGAUGGAGGGCACAGGCAGCGGCUGGGCAGCUGAGCUAGCUCCCACGAUGCAUGAGGUGAAUGGCAAUGAAACUGCCCAGGUCUUUGAGGUGGCGUUGCAGAACAGCUCCUCCAAGCGUAGCCCCCAGUUUGUAGGUGUGGAGCUGCUGCAGUCCUUCAAGCUGCUCAUCAUUCCCUGUUACACUCUGGUGGCUCUGGUGGGGGUCUUCGGCAACUACUUGCUCCUCUAUGUCAUAUGCCGCACACGCAAGAUGCACAACGUCACCAACUUUUUUAUUGGGAACCUGGCCUUCUCUGACAUGCUGAUGUGUGCCACGUGUGUCCCCUUCACACUGGCCUACGCCUUCAACCCACAUGGCUGGGUAUUCGGCCGCUUCAUGUGCUACUUGGUGUACCUCAUCCAGCCUGUGACGGUGUAUGUGUCGGUCUUCACUCUUACCGCAAUUGGUGUGGACAGAUACUAUGCCACAGUUCAUCCUCUGAAAAAGCGCAUCUCAGUCUUGGCGUGCACCUACCUUUUGUCUGGGAUCUGGUUGCUGUCUUGUGGUCUGGUGGCUCCAGCUGUGGCUCACACCUACCAUGUGGAGUUUAAGAAUGAGGGCUUCACCAUCUGCGAAGAGUUCUGGAUGGGUCAGGAGAGGGAGCGGCUGGCUUACGCCUACAGCACUCUCUUCAUCACCUACGUCCUGCCUCUGUCGGCGCUCUGCAUCUCGUACCUGUGCAUCUCUGUCAAACUGCGGAAUUGUGUCGUACCAGGCCACCACACCCAGAGCCAGGCCGAGGCUCAGCGCAUGCGCAAACGCAAGACUUUCCGACUGGUGAGCCUGGUGGUGGCCGCAUUUGGUAUCUGCUGGCUGCCCAUCAGUGUGUUCAACGUGCUGCGUGACAUUGACAUUGACCUGAUUGAUAAGCGGUACUUUCUGCUCAUUCAGCUGCUCUGUCACCUGUGCGCAAUGAGCUCCUCUUGCUGUAACCCUUUCCUCUACGCUUGGCUGCACGACCGCUUCCGUGCUGAGCUCCGCAAAAUGUUUACAUGCCGCCGUCGCAUUGGCAUCUCAGCUAACAACUGCGCCACAGCCAGUGUGGUUUUGUGA